AUGGCGGGAACGCAAGUAUUUGGCUUCAGUGAGGGCUACAUCCGGGUCAUUGAAAGUCCAUUAGUUGCGCAUAUCUCCGGAGGAACAAAGGUAGAAAGAGGAUUCAAUAAAACCUUGGUGUUCAAUGCUUCCCUGUCACGUGACCCUGAUUCCUUCAAUCCUCCUAACGUGCCCAGUGCACCCCCGAGGAAUUUAAGUUUGGUUCGUAGUGGCUCUUGGUUCAUCGUCGUGGAAUGGAAACCAGUCCCUAUGGGCUAUGAGAAUGGUGUAAUCAAAGGAUACAGGCUGGUAUACAGUGUAAAGAAUUCCAGGAAUUCUAUGUCUAUGGCUGAUGAAUCAAUUUAUUCUGAGAAUACUGCUGUUCUCUCUGGAUUGGACUUUGACACUUGUUACUCAAUCCGAGUAGCUGCUUUCACAAGGGUUGGUUCUGGAAAUUUCUCGGAGCCAAUCGAAGUGAGGACAAAAAUGUUAUUUAAAUGGGAUGUGUACGAUCUGCAUUCGCAAUCACGUGAACACCCAGUUCUCUCAAAAUAUGGUGGAUCUUCAAAAUUUCUCAUAAGACGAGGCAAGCUACUAAUGGGUAUCUAUGUGGUGCGACUGACCGUAAAAAUGGCGGGAACGCAAGUGUUUGGUUUCAGUGAGGGCUACAUUCGAGUAAUUGAGAGUCCAUUAGUUGCGCAUAUAGCCGGAGGAACGAAAGUGGAGAGAGGGUUUAACAAAACUUUGGUGUUCAAUGCCUCCUUCUCACGUGACCCCGAUUCCUUCCAUCCUCCUCACGGUCUUCGAUUUACAUGGAUAUGCAGAGAUUCUUCACAAAAAUUUUCCGACGAUUUACUUCAAAUGCCUGUGGCCCUGCCAAGUCCUUCAGCUGAAAAUCUCGACCGUGGAGGAUGUUACGGGACUGGAGCGGGCAACAUAGGCGGCAACGAUUCUAUCGUUAUUAUCGACAGUGGGUAUAUGACAGAGAAUUAUUCGUAUUUCAUAACAGUUGUGGUCGAGAAGCAUCCGAGAAAAGCGUAUUUCACACAGGAAGUGGUUAUUUCUCCUGGUGAUCCUUCAGAAGUCGAAAUAAGAUGUGUAGAUAACUGUGACUCAAAAGCGAAUCCUUCUCGUCGUUUAGCGCUUGAGCGACUGUGUGAGAAGGUUGACUGCGAAAGAGGCCUCUCCUACCAAUGGACUCUCUUUGAGGCAGUAGUAGCGAAUGAGUCUAAAUGGAUUCAGGUCAGUGAUUUACAAGAAAAAAUUCGUACACGAUUGAACUCGCCGAGAAUCGUCAUAAAGCCUGUGGUGCUGAGAUUUAAUAAGAUUUACAAAGUCGUACUGACUGCUAAACGCCGCGGAGGGCAUCCGGGUUUCUCAGAGUACCAGUUCGCCACUUAUGGCUCCCCCACGGAGGGAAAAUGUGACGUCACCCCUUUGUCUGGAAGAACGCUGGAGACCACCUUCAUUUUUGAGUGCAGUGGUUGGGAAGAUCCAGAUCGUCCCUUGCAGUAUUCCUUCCUUUAUUUCACCGAUGACGAUUUUCCCAAUGUUGUACACAAAGGGAUGGAAAGCAGAAAGAAGACAAAGCUUCCCGCUGGAAAAAAAAUAAACAACUUUACAAUCGACUUUCGUGUACGAGUGGCUAACAUGUUCGGAGCCUUCACUGAAGUGAGGACUCCUGUUCAGGUACUACAGCAUCAGAUAAACGCGGUCAAGCUGUUAGAACGCGCUGUUCAGUUGACAACUGGAAACCAGAGUCAGUUGAAUAAAUUACUUCAGUCAGGUGACGUGUCACAGGCUGUUCAGCUGGCCAAAGCGGCCAUUAUGGCUGUCGAUGAUGAUAAGAGAAUUCCUAAGGAUAAGCUCAAAGAAUCGAGAAAAGCGGUGAAAUCACGGAUUGUCAAGCAGUUGUCUGCUGUACAAGUGGAGACUGUGGAAAGAAUACAGCAGACAUCAAAUGUUAUAGCCGAGGCCGUCUCGAUUGUCAACGAAGUUACCGUAGAGGCACAGAUAGCAGCAGCAGAUGCCCUUCAGUCGAUGACUAAAGUUUUGAAAGAGGAGUCUUCUGCAGAUAAAAGCUACGAAGAGCUUCUGGACGGUGCGAAGAGUCUUGCCGCUGGGCUCGGUAGCAUGCUCAAGGUGUUUUCUUACAGGGCUAGAGAGUACGAGGCACGCAACACUCACCAGUCAGAUUCUGAAAAUGUACACCGUCAACGAAGAAGCAUUCGUUCUCUAGACCCUGCUGUCCAACCAAGUUCAAAGCGAGAUGCUGCAGCUGAGCUGCAACAAGCGAAGAACGAGUCAAAAGCUCGAGCUCUGGACCUUUUAAGGUCGCUGGACGAUGUCGGAAGUACGAUCUUGUCCCGAAUCCUUGUCGGAGAGAAACCUAGAGAGCUUUCAUCCCGUUGGGUGUUUCUGCUUGUAUUUCGAGAGGAACCUUACUUUUUGUCAGGGUCAGUUUUGUCCAACCAAGGCUACAGCUUCGCGCUUCCUUCAGAUUUAAACCUGUUUGGCAAUGGUACACGGUUUUUGGAUAGCCAGAUGAUUACAACGAGUUUUGUAUCUUACUCUUGGCACCCUUCAGCGGCGAGAUUGACAACUGGAAUUUCCAGUCUUGAGCUAAAGAACAGCUCUGGGCAUCUUCUGAAUAUGUCAGAACUGACAACGCCGAUGAUUAUCAAACUGCGCAAUAAUCAACACUUAAUUAACACUUCUCGAUCACACUCCAUUGGUACCCGUAAGACUGUGUUCCACAAGAUAAAUGUCACCCAUCUGGGGAUAGCUCUGAUACUGAAGAUUCGUCCUGAUGAAAACAAAACAGAAUUGUUUGUGACUCUUAAGUUUGGAAAGCGACCCUCUGCUAAUAACAGUGAUAUAAACGCAACCAUCCCUAACUUCUCAUCCUGCGCUCAGACGCCAUCUGGUUCCUAUGUCAACUGCUCAAGUGAUCCAUUCGAGGUAUUUGUAAACAGUAAGGUCAUCAAAAAGACAGGUGUUUACUUCAUUGGAAUACAAUUUAAGUCAAAGAGUUUCUCUAGGAAGAGGCGGUGCUCGGGGCAAGGACGGUCCAAACGCACAUGUGUGCAAUAUAAGGAAGUCCCUGCAGCAGAUGAUACUAAACCAGGGCAAUCCCCCAAUGACCCUCAAUUCAGUAAAGGUAAUGAAAAUUACACCAUACAAGUGAUGCCAGCUGCUUGUCUCUAUUGGAAUAAUGCAAUUUCUGAGUGGACUUAUGAUGGAUGUGAGGUGGCUGAAACUACAACCAUGGACAUGAUUCACUGCCACUGCAACCAUUUGACUGCAUUUGGAGGUGAAUUGUUUGUGGCACCAAACCCCAUCGAUUUUGACAAAGUAUUUAUUGAAUUACAACACAUCCCAGAGACUGGAAACGUAGCUGUUAUAAUAACAGUGAGCUGUGUGUUCGGACUUUACUUAAUGCUUAUACUGUGGGUUCGAAAGGCUGACCAGAAGGAUGCUUUGAAGAUCGGUGAUAAACCAUUUUUGGGAUCUUUAUCGCCCUGGUGUUGUCGAUACGAGAUUGAGAUAUCCACAGGCAUUUGGUCGAAUUCUGGAACCAGUGCUAAGGUGUAUUUAGUGCUUGAGGGCGAGCUGGGAUCCAGUCGGCCUUAUCAUUUAAAGAGGGGCUCCUUCAUUCCAUUUGCAAGGGGAAGCUUAACGUGUUUCACCCUCUCCAUUCCCAAUAAUGUUGGCCCCUUACGGAGAGUGCGCGUGUGGCAUGACAACUCUGGUGAAAGCCCCUCUUGGUACCUAAACACAAUCAAGAUUUAUGACGCGUUCAGUCAGGAGCUUAAGAAUUUUACUUGCCACAAGUGGUUGGCUGUUGAGAAGGCCGAUGGACUAAUAGAUCGCACUCUUGCUGCUGAUUCAACUGCCGGGAAGCGAAAGAAUUUCUGGGAAUCCUGCCGGAAUACGCUGGCCGAAAAACUCGGUGAUGGGCAUCUGUGGUUUUCUAUCGCAACCAGACCACCAAGUAGACGCUUCACUCGCGUGCAGCGCUUGUCGUGCUGCCUGUCACUUCUGUUGACUACAAUGUUGGCCAGUGCCAUGUUUUAUCAGUUUGUUCCUGGGAACGCUCAGCAACAGCGCACAUUUAGGUUGGGCCCUCUGGUCCUAAAUUUGCGACAACUAAUUAUUGCAAUGGAGAGCAUUGUUGUAGUUUUUCCUGCAAAUUUGAUAAUAGUAGGAAUCUUCAGUCACGUGGCGACCAAUGUCGACACACCAGGGCAACGUCAACAAAGAUACAAGGUCAGAGAAAGGUUUAGCAUCCACAAGGUCACCGAGAAACAUCGAUACCAAAGAGGUCAUCGGAUGACCUUACCGUAUUGCUUUGUUUACUUGGCCUGGUUCCUGUGUUUCAUCUCUUCAGCUGCAUCAGCAACUUUUAUUAUUCUAUAUAGUUUACAAUGGGGUAAAGAAACAAGCGAGGAAUGGCUUAUCUCCAUUUUUAUGUCCUUGUUUGUGGAGAUAUUUGUUACCGAACCUGUAAAGAUCGUCGUCGUGGCUUCAUUUUUGUCAUACUUUUGUCAGUCGGAUGCUGACGAACUUGCUCAAACACCCGAGAAAGUCUUUCAUUUUGAUGAAGUUACCUUUGCUGAUGGCCAAAAGGAAGAUGAAAACGACGAAAAAAUUGCCUUACCAAAGCCCCUGAGCAAGAAAGAAUUACGCCGUGCGAGGAUCUAUCGAAUGAGAGAGCUGCGUAUGUACAAGGCGAUACAGAAGAUAGUCUGCUAUUUUCUAUACCUUUUGAUACUGAUGAUCAUUUGUUAUGGAGGUCGGAGUCAGUACAGUUAUUCUUUGAAAUUAUCACUAGUGCAAACAUUUGGAGAGGUAAUUGAGAUCUCUUCUCACGGGAACUUAUGGCAGUGGAUUCAAGACGUUCUAUUUCCAGGAAUUUACCAGGAUGGAAAGGACUUGUCGUUUUCAAAUUCUACUCCGUUCACUGGAGACGGUGAUGCAGUCCUUGUUGGGAUGCCCCGCCUCAGACAGCUAAGAGUGAAAAAAGAUUCAUGUCAAGUCGUUAAGGAAGCGAAAUCUAUUUUCAACUCUUGCAUCGGGUCAUACUCACUAGAAGCUGAAGAUAAAACGGAGUUAUAUCAGCCAAGAUGGCUUCCACUUUCAUUGUCACAGAAUACCUCAGCUGACACAUUGAACAAGGUCUGCCCCAGGCCCUGGCGUUACUCUACAGCAGAGCAAACCGAAAGCCUUCCUUUCUGGGGAAGACUUUAUCCUCUCUACAGUCAGGGUGGUUACCUAGCAGAACUGGGUUACGACAGAAAGUCUGCCACGAAAGUCAUUUCUGAGCUGAACAUCUUUAACUGGUUUGACAAGUACACUAGUACUCUAUUGAUUGAAUUUGCAAUUUUCAACCCUCAUGUCAGUCUGUUUAGUGCAGUUUGGAUCCCGGUGGAGUUCUCACCAUCUGGCUAUGUGGCUUCUGGUCACGUGAUUCACCCCCUUCACGUGUACAACAUUGGAGCUGGCUACAGUGUUGCUCAUCUUGUUUGUCAGAUAUUGUUCAUGUUGUUUAUUGUUUACUUUGUCUUCAAAGAAACCAAAGAGAUGAUUCAAAAACUAAAACACUACUUCCGCCGAUUUCUGAAUUGGAUUGAACUGGCUCAGAUCUUUGCAGCAAUUUCCUUUGCAGUCGCUCAUAUCUUUAAAGAGGUAGAACUCUCUGUUAACACGACUAAACUUCAUGAAAAUGUCUUCCAGUUUAUAAGCUUUGACAGAGCAGUUUUAAUCGAUGAUAUGGAGACAGCAUUCUUGGCAUUAUUGAUGUUUUUCAACACUUGGAAGUUGCUGUAUUUGCUCAGAUUUAAUAGUCAUGUUAAACGUUUGUCUGAUGUCACGAAGGCGUCUUUCCUGGAACUCGUAAACUGCUCAAUAGGAUUCUACGUCUUCAUGUUCGCCUUUACUCAUUUUGGAUUCAUUCAAUUUGGAAGGGAGGUGGAGGAGUAUUCCUCGCUCUCUAGUGCUUUCCAGUCCCUUCUCAUCCAGGGAGUUUUAAGCGUCAGGACUGAAUAUCUUCAAGAUUGUCAUGAUGUCAUAGGUCCUCUUUUCUUCAUAAGUUUCAACAUGUGUCUGCAAGUGAUAUGGGUUAACAUCUUUAUCGCCAUUCUUAUUUAUGAUUACCGAACCGCUACGCAGUUCUCCAAAGGACGAUUUAGCCUCGGGAGGUUUAUGAUAAGGAAAAUCAAGGAGACUCUGCUUUGCAUAGGAGAUGGGAAAUCAUCUCAUAAGGGACUGGACAGCAACAGGAAGAAAAGGGUGCAUUGGAAAAACGAAAACAACAACAAGGACAUCUGUAACAGCAAAAGAACCCACGGCAAGUCCCAGAAUGCUUUUUCAAAAGAGUUAGACCGGUGUAUCACCCUGAUGAGUCUAACGUUCAAUGACCUCUACAUUGACGAGUUUAUUGAAGACAUUGAGGACAUCGAAUUAUUGAACCUGUGGGCGGACGCUUGUGCGCGUAGAAGGAAUAUACCUGAGAAAAGGAGGGCUGGUACCCAAUCAGACGAAGUUGUGCAAGCAAAGAAAAUAAAGAGUCGAGCACCUUAAUUGGAGAUCCUCUGAAUGAAUAGGUACGUGACGAGAAUGUACUGUGGUUUGAUAACUGAAAAGCGUGACGCAGCACGUUAUCUAAUAAAUUCAAAUGUAAUUGACUUUAAAAGAACGAGUUCUUUGGAACCAGGGUUGUGAAG